CAACUCUCUCUUCCUCUCAUAACCCAUUUAUAAAUAAUCUCAGCACACAGAUAGUUAGCAUCAGUACUCUCUCCAUCUCUCUCUCCUUCUCCUUCUCUUUGUCUUUGUCUUUGUCUUUCUCUCUCUGUCUCUCCCAAUUCUCAAAUCACCCAGAGAGAGAGGCGGCAGAGAUUAUGAAGCUCAUUUGGUCCCCAGAAACAGCUUCUAAAGCUUACCUAGACACUGUCAAAUCAUGUGAGAAAUUUAGAGAAUCUGGUGUUGCCGAGCUGCUCUCUGCGAUGGCGGCCGGCUGGAACGCGAAGCUGAUCGUCGAGGCGUGGUCCUACGGCGAUCCGAUCGCCACCAGCCUAGGCCUGGCCACGGCCGCCCGCCACACGUGCGGACGGCACGUCUGCAUAGUCCCGGACGAACGUUCGAGGAUGGAGUACUUAAAGGCCAUGCGUAACGCACCAAUACAGCCCGAGGUGGUGGUCGGGGAGGCCGAGGCGGCGACGACAGGAGUUGAUUUCUUGGUGGUUGACUGCAGCCGGAGGGAGUUCGCUAGGGUUUUAAGGAGAGCCAAGGUGAGCCCUAGAGGGGCGGUUUUCGCAUGCAAGAAUGCUUGGCAGAGAAACGUUUCGGGGUUCAGAUGGCAUGGUGUGGUGGAGAGGGGGACGCGUGUGGUGAGGUCGGUGUUUUUGCCGGUGGGAAAAGGGUUGGAUAUUGCCCAUAUAGGGUACGGCGGCGGAACUGUGGGGUCGAUAGGUACAAUUAGGAAGGGUCCUGGCCGUUGGAUCAAGCAUAUUGACCACCGGUCCGGCGAGGAGCACUUGUUCCGAGAGUGAGUAGUUUCCGAUCAGUGAUCUCAUGACUUAUCAGAGGGUCUGAAUUAGAUGUGUAAUAUAGGGGUGAAGUAAUGCAAAAGUGAAUUGAUUGGUGCUUGAAAAAUAAAUAAAUCUACAAGCAGCUAACAGUUCACUUUUUCUGU